GACUUUAUCUACCAGUGAUGAUGUUGAGGACCGAGAGACUGAGAAAGGCCGUCUGGAAGAAGCUUACGAGAAACGUGACCGGGAUUUGGAUGAACUCAUUGUCCAGCACUACACGGAGCUCACCACCGCGAUCCGCACGUACCAGAGCAUCACGGAGCGCAUCACCAACUCGCGCAAUAAGAUCAAACAGGUGAAGGAGAAUCUGCUGUCGUGCAAGAUGCUGCUGCACUGCAAGCGCGAUGAGUUGCGCAAGCUGUGGAUUGAGGGGAUUGAGCACAAACAUGUCCUGAAUUUGCUGGAUGAGAUAGAGAACAUCAAGCAGGUGCCUCAGAAGCUGGAACAGUGCAUGGCCAGCAAGCACUACCUCAACGCGACGGACAUGCUGGUGUCAGCAGUGGAUUCCUUGGAGGGUCCCCUUCUUCAGGUGGAGGGGUUGAGUGACCUGCGACUGGAGCUCCACAGUAAGAAGAUGAACAUGCACUUAGUCCUGAUAGAUGAAUUACACCGUCACCUUUACAUCAAGUCUACCAACCGAGUAGGACAACGCAGCAAGGAGAGGGGGAGAAUAAGUUCACUUGUGAAAGAUGCCUCUUCUGUACCUCUUAUGGAUGUUACCAACUUGUCUACACCUCGCAAGUUCCUGGAAACUUCCCAGUUCAGUACUCCGGGAAGUGCCAGCAUGCGGGAAACAAGCCUUCUGGAAAUUAAAGAAGAUACGGACCUGGACCCAGAGGAGAACAGCACUGUCUUCAUGGGCAUACUCAUCAAAGGGCUGGCCAAGCUGAAAAAAAUCCCUGAAACAGUGAAAGCCAUCCAGGAUCGCUUAGAACAAGAACUCAAGCAGAUUGUUAAGCGGUCCACAACUCAGGUGGCGGACAAUGGGUACCAGAGAGCGGAGAAUCUUUCCCAGGAAAAUCAACCUAGGUUACUGCUGGAGCUGCUGGAGCUUCUCUUUGACAAAUUCAAUGCCGUAGCUGCUGCACACUCUGUCGUCCUUGGACACCUUCAGCAAACAGUGGCCUCGCCUUGCAGCCAGUACGAUGGUGAUAUCAAGCUCUACGACAUGGUUGAUGUGUGGGUGAAGAUCCAAGAUGUCUUGCAG